CCUGAAAAGGUGAAGUGACCAGCCGGAGCUCGGAGCUGCACCACCGUUCUCUUCUUCUUACAAAAUGGGUAUCUCUCGUGAUUCCAUGCACAAGAGGCGCGCCACUGGUGGCAAGAAGAAAGCUUGGAGGAAGAAGAGAAAGUAUGAGCUUGGGAGGCAACCGGCGAACACGAAGUUAUCAAGCAACAAAACUGUUAGGAGGAUUAGGGUUCGAGGUGGGAAUGUGAAGUGGCGUGCAUUGAGGCUUGAUACUGGGAACUACUCUUGGGGGAGUGAAGCUGUGACUCGCAAAACAAGGAUUCUUGAUGUGGUGUAUAAUGCGUCCAACAAUGAGUUGGUUCGUACUCAGACAUUGGUCAAGAGUGCCAUUGUUCAGGUUGAUGCAGCACCUUUUAAGCAAUGGUAUCUUCAACAUUACGGGGUCGACCUCGGGCGCAAGAAGAAGAGUGCAACUUCUGCCAAGAAGGAAGGGGAGGAUGUUGAAGGUGCAACUGAGGAGAUGAAGAAGAGUAACCAUGUUUUGAGAAAAUUGGAAAAGCGGAAGCAGAACCGGGUGCUUGAUCCUCACAUUGAAGAGCAAUUUGGAGGUGGUUGCCUUUUGGCUUGUAUAUCAUCCCGACCUGGCCAAUGCGGUCGUGCUGAUGGGUACAUAUUGGAGGGCAAAGAGCUAGAAUUUUACAUGAAGAAGAUUCAGAGGAAGAAGGGCAAGGGUGGUGGUGGUGCUUAAGAUAUUUUCGCUCUUCCUCAUCUUUGAAUAAGAAUUUCUUGAAGCUAUUAAACACAGACAAUCAGAUGAUCAGUUUUGCCAGGAGGUCUAUCUACUUUCUCAGGGAGGGAGGGGUAUAUGGGUGUAAAAUAUAGCCCGAAACAUGUAUUGUUUAAUUAUAGUGAGUUCUGUUAAAAUUAAUUACUUCUACCAUUACAACUUUAUAGUGCAUUUGAUUUUAGUACCUUGGUGUUAUCCUGAAUUUGAUGUCUAUCUGUUUUUCAUUUUGUUGACCCAUUAAUUUUGUUUAUACAUCAUAGAAUGUCUAGAUUUUCGGUUUAUAGGCAUGGAAAGCCCGUCCAUAACUACACUUUUUCUCCAAUUAAACGUGAGUUCAACCAAUAUAAAUGUCAAACCAAGCAUGUACUUAAUCAUGCAUAUCUUGGAACGCAUUUGCUUGUACCUGACAGUUGUUGAACUGCCGAAGUAGCUUCAGAACCAUGAUUGAUGGCCAGAAUAAGCAAGAUCCUAAGCAUAUAAUAAGGUCGAGGGUGUUAUUUCACAGAGCAGAUAUAUUUAAAGGGAAAAUUAUUGAAUUAUUUUCAUUUGCAGUUUAGUUUGUAAAUUUGUUUGUCCAAUGAGUUCUUAAAUAAAAUGUGUAGUUCUUUUGGUUUC